AUGGCAUCUCACAAUUCUGCCUCAGGUGCUCCCAGGCGCUCUUAUGCUGUUCCACCGGCAUCCCAUCCACCAGCUAAAAACGACCCAUACCAUGGCCAGGAGUCCCUCGCAAAACUAGCUGCACGCUUCAUCACUCAUCUAUUCGCUUGCCCAGAGUACCCCCAGUCGGCCACUCAGUCCCAGGCAAAGCUCCCCUAUUUCAUCGCCUAUGCUCUCCACCGCACAAAGUUACAUGCCGCUGUCACCUUUGCUGCUCUCGUUCUUCUCCAGCGUCUCAAGGCCCGCUUUCCCUCUGCCCGUGGCUCUUCUGGCCACCGUCUCUUCAUCUCUGCUUAUAUGAUUUCUUCAAAAGUCAUGUGCGAUGACACCUACUCAAACAAGUCCUGGUGUAUUGUCGCUCAGGGCAUGUUUUCUCUGCGCGAGGUCAAUCAGAUGGAGCGCGAAAUGUGCACCUAUCUCGACUGGGAACUCACUGUAGACGACCCCAUACUCACAAAUUUCGAAAACGCCGUCCGCACUGACUUUGCCCAGAGCAAGGCACAGUAUCCAAAUUAUCCUACCACUUUCGUAUCAAAACGAGCUGCCAGAGCAGAGGCUUCCAGCACAAGUACUCCCUUCCAAGAGAAAUCUGGCACCACCAGUCCCGUACCAGGCUUCCCCGCAGAGCGCAAUCCAGCUCCAAAAAUCCCAGGCGCACCUGGAACGCCCACAAAGGGCCCUUGGGGUGCCGAUCCAAACACUCCCGAUACCCCCUCCCCAACCUUCUCAAACACAACUUCUCCUACAUCUUCUGGUUCUCCUGCUACUCCCGUUGGCGGUCCAGAAACGAAUCCAAAGAUUCGCGGCAUCGACACUUCUCCACAUUUUGGCUUGACAGACGGUGUUCCUGCAACACAUCCUCUAAAGCCGAAAAUGUUCGCUUUUGCGGUGCCUUCUGGCUGGUAG